AUGCCAAGGUGGCAGAUCCUCGCCCUGGGCGCCUUGGCUGGUCUCGUCGGCGCAACACCAAACUGCCGCGAAUGCUCAGACUACUGCGCCUUUCCCACAAUCACCGAGACAACCAGCUUGAGUGCCUAUAUCCCCGAACCGACGACGGUCACGGAGAAAAUUACCGUGACAGAGACGACUAUCAAGUGGGAUACCAAGACGGAAACCGAGACGGAGACGGAAACAGAGACGGAGACGAAGACCGAGACGGAAACGAAGACCGAGACGGAAACGAAGACCGAGACGGAGACAGAGUCGGUGACAGAAACCGUCCCAGCGUCCGCCUCCACUGUACUUGUCAUUUCCACCGUCUUCACCACCGAGGUCGUGAGCGACACUGUCACCAAACUCGUCCCGACGACCGAGUGGGAAGUGUCCACGACCACCGACUACAGCACAACGACUGAGGUGGUGACCACUGUUAAGAAGUAUCCCGUCACAGUGACAGAAUCAGUAUGCACCGGCCCUGGAGAGACCAGCAGCGGAGCGGCACCCACGCCUUAUCCCACAUACGGUGGCGGAGCGAUCUCGGUCCCUAGCGGUGAGCCAGACUGCGUCUACUACACCACCACAAUAUGGACGACCGUCACGGAGACGGACACGACCACCUACACGCUCAGUGUCCCCGAGACCGAGACGGUUACGCACGUUUCGACAGACGUGGUGACGGAGGUGACGACCGAUGUCUCGACCUACACCUACUCGACCAUCUCCACUUACACCACCACGUUCACCUACGUGACCGUGGUUCCCACGACCGUUGUCUCUGAUCACACCGAGCUUGUUACCACGACGUAUACCAGCGUCUCGACUUUCACCACGGAGGUCUUGGUCACCGAAGUGACGACCGAGACGAUCGUAUCUACCCUGCCGGGGUCGGUCACCACCGUCACCGAACGGCCCCGCGUGACGGUUUGCCCUGCGCCGACGAACGUGCCCGGCGUCAAUCCGAUCGACACGUACGACCCCAAGUCGAACCGCACGUGGGGGUGCAAGCCCGGCUUCGUGUGCAACCCGCCCAAGCCGCAAGGUUGCAACCUGUGGGCCGACUCGCCGGCCGACGACUACGUCUGCCAGCCGCAGCACUGCGUCCCCGCCCCUCGCUACACGCUCACCAACUGGGCCGAGAACGAGACGUCGUACUACCCGCCCAGCGAAGGUUACUUCAACCUCAACCCCAACGCCUUCGGUCUCCCGUACUCCAUCUUCGACGCCGAGACCAUCGUCAAGAAGAUCGACGGCAGGAAGGUGACCAUCACGACCGGCAACUGGGCGUCCGCCACAGACCUGACCGUCUUCCCGCCACCGGCGCCGGCCGCGACGGGCGCUGCGGAGCCUGCGGAGGAGGCUGUCGACAGGAGGAGGCACUGGGAAGCGCAAGCCCAGCGGCGCCAGAGCGACGGCUCCCCGGUCGCGCCGGCCAUCUGCUUCGACGACUGCAACAACGUGUACGUCGAGGUCCAGGCGGUGGGCAAGUGGCCGACCAUGUGCCUCCCCGGGUCCCAGUUCCUGAACGACCUGCAGCUCUGCUUCGACUGCAUCGAGGCCAACUCGGACGACGGACCGCUCACGCGGCGCCACUACGUCGAUCCCAAGUUUGAGCAGUUCCUCCGCUUCUGCGAGGGCCAGGACGCCGAACCGAUUACCUCUACGAGCGCGCUCCCUUCGGCGCCGCCUGCCGAGUCGGCCGUCACCUCGCGCCCGGGUGGUGAUGAUGACGAUGAUGAUGGCGACCAUGUGUCGACUACGUCGCAGGCCCCGACCGCCUCGAAUACGUCUGCCGUGCCGAUCCCCCCCGUUUCGGAGACGGAGACGACGACCGCGUCGACGACCACGUCGUCCGAAGAGGCCCCGGCUCCGACUUGGGAUGCCUCGGAACCGUCAGAGUCUGCAGGAGAGGCAACAUCUGCACCCACCACACCCACCACACCCACCGGUCCGAUCGAGACGGAGUCUGUGGUCGAGAGCGAGAGCGAGAGCGAGGGGGUAGAGCCAACGUCUUCUUUGCCUUUGCCUUUGCCUUCGGAUUCGGAUUCGGAUUCGCCCUCGCCCUCCUCGGCCUCGACCGCACCCAGCUCGACGGGGGAUGACGAGCAACCGGAGCCCACGUCGGAACUUCCGUCCGGCGUGCCCUCGGAAGCGCCAUCGCCUUCGGAAUCGGAUCUCUUCCCGCCCCCCGAGUCGGUCACUUCGUCCUUCUCCAUCGUGCCGAGCCCGACGUUUGACCAGCCGUCCGUCGUACCCACCGCCGCAGCCGUUCGUUCGGGCGUAUCAGGCCUGCUUGUUGCAUUCGUGGCACCCCUUUUCGCCUUCAUCAUCCUCCUUUAA